AUGGAAGAUAAUCAAGGCCAAGACCCUAAUAGUCCAAGCAAUCAAGGCACUGAAAGAAGUGAACCAGUGAGGUCAAGGUGGACUCCGAAGCCAGAGCAAAUACUGAUACUUGAGUCCAUCUUCAACAGUGGAAUGGUAAACCCACCAAAAGAUGAAACUGUGAGGAUAAGGAAACUUCUUGAAAAAUUUGGUUCUGUUGGUGAUGCAAAUGUCUUCUACUGGUUUCAAAACCGAAGAUCAAGAUCUCGCCGCCGGCAACGCCAGAUGCAGGCCAGUCUUAUUGCAGGAGACCAAAGAAAUAAUCAACAGGCACAAGCUAGAGGUGGUGCAAUUCAAUAUGAAGGUGGUCACACUUCUACAGGGUUUGCAAAUUCUCCUUCAUUUGUUCAAUCCCCAUCUUCUUAUCUUGUUGGUUCCUCUUCUUCUUGUGGAGUUGCUGGUGAAGAUCAUGGAGCAGAGAGUCUGUUUUCUUUCUCUAAUCAAAUGGGCUUCCAAGAAAUAGAGCAAACAUCUGGUGUAACUUCAAUUUUAUGCCCAUCAGAGACUUCUAAUUUGCAUUACCAAACUGCUGGAUUCAUCACAGUUUUCAUCAAUGGGGUUCCCACAGAAGUUCCUAGGGGGCCACUUGACAUGAAAGCAAUGUUUGGUCAAGAUGUAGUGUUGAUCCAUUCCUCAGGGGUGCCUGUACCCACUAAUGAAUUUGGGUUUCUAAUGCAAAGCUUGCAUCAUGGUGAAAGCUAUUUCCUGUUUAAUUCUUCUAAUAUUUCUUCCUUCUCUUCUGCUUCUCUCUUCUCCUUCAUCUUUACUUCAGUUGUAGUGUCUUCCUCUGGUUGA